AAGUUAGUACAUUACCUGUGCGCAGUACAGCUUUGGAAGAGUCGCGGUACGCGGAAGUCGAUUUUCCAGGAAAUUGAAAAUUUGGACUUUGUAGUAAACGUUUGUGCCAAAUACUUUGGUGGACUUUUGUGAGAAUGGCACAGCGACCGGAUUUACCCGUGGGCUACCUCGGUGCCCAGCCGAAAUUUAGUGACUUAGGUAUGUCAUGUCUAAGUCAAAUUGAACCAGAAAUCCGCACCAACGAUAACCAGUUAGAAAUUAAAUUGAAAAUAAAUAAGCCGCUCAAAGUUACACAUCAAUUAAUUAACACGAGGGAUAAUAGUGAUCACUCACAGUUUGUGUUCACACAAACCUAUCACGGCACCAUCACCUUCAUCAUCAAUCUUCCAGAGUCCGGAUACUUCAAAUUCCAGAUUUUCGCUCUUCCAGCAGACGAUGAUUGCACGUCUCUUCCAAACGUCUAUAACUAUCUUAUUAACUGCGUAAGGGCGCUCCAUCCGGUAUUCCCAUUCCCGAAGCAGUACGCACAGUGGAAAGACGGCUGUUACUUGCACGAGCCUCUUGUGCUCCACAAGGAAGCACCACUGAAGAAUGUAUUCUGGAAGGUUAUAAUCUCGGGUGCCAAGGCUGUUGCUGUCGUUGCCGAUGGAGAAUGGUUCCACCUUGAGAAGAAAGGUAAUCAUUUUGAAGGAAACACAAACCUGGAUCCCUUCAAAAACAAGGAUGCCAAAAUCACCGUGAACGCCAAUCUCGGGGGAGACGAGUCAAAAUACGCCACGAUGCUAGAAUACAAACUUUGAAAUGCUUGUCUUUAGCUAGUAAAAUAUUUCGUACCCGCAUUUACAGAUGUCACAAAGACUAUCAACUCUUAUAUAAACAUUAUCAAGUGACAUAUUAACUUGACACUCAGGUGAAACAUUACUGAGGCAAAACUGCAAUCGCUAACGUUACCUUCUAGCCAGGAAUAGCAUUAAUUCUGUUUUAUACUAUGUAUAUCAAAUUUAUACACACUAAUUUUUGCUGCUUGCUUGGACGUACAGACGUUUUCAAAAGGAAGUCCAGCGCGUGUUUAAUUUUCGUGUUAUUUAUUUCGUAGCAAUAACGUCUUUCGUAGUUUAAUCGAUUAAAUUAUUUUUUUGGAUCUUACGUUUAUUAAAUUUUUCAAAAUGGA